UUGCCAACUUCCCCGCCACGGAUCUCCCUCAUGCACAAGGUCAGUCAGUCCGCGCCUUACAUAUACCUCGCGACAGCCAAGGAGCCACUUGCUGAAGAAUCAUUCCAGUCCUAGAAUACCCACUUCACUUGAUCCUAUGGCGUCGAUCCUCCGGCAGAUUGUUGCCGGCCCCAGAUUACAACACCCUGAAGCUGGCCUGGACCUUUGCUAUGUGACAGAUAACAUCAUCGCAACGUCAGGUCCUUCCUCCAACUACCCGCAGCGCGCCUACAGAAACCCUCUUGACGAGCUCGUCAAAUUCCUCGACUACAAACAUGGCUCUGACUGGUGCAUCUGGGAAUUCCGAGCUGAAGGCACCGGUUACCCCGACUCCGAGGUCUAUAAUCGUAUCCACCACUAUCCUUGGCCAGACCAUCAUCCGCCCCCGUUUGCGCUCAUUCCCGCGAUGACAGGAAGUAUGCGCAACUGGAUCCACCGACUCGAUGAGCCGGACACAAAGGAGAAGGAGAAGAAGAAAAACAGGAUCGCAGUCGUCCAUUGCAAGGCUGGGAAGGGCCGCAGCGGAACCGUUGCCUGCAGCUACCUCAUCAGCCAGGAGGGCUGGAAGGCGGACGAUGCACUACAGAGAUUCACCGAGCGGCGGAUGAGAGUCGGAUUUGGUGCCGGUGUGAGUAUCCCUAGCCAGGUACGGUGGGUGGGAUACGUCGACCGGUGGACAAACCAGAUGGGGAAGAAGUAUAUCGAGCGGCCGGUGGAGAUCCUCGAGGUGCAUGUGUGGGGACUGAGAGAUGGAGUCAAGGUUGCGGUCGAGGGAUACAUAGACAACGGGAAGAAGAUCAAGAAGUAUCAUCUCUUCCAUCGGAGUGAACGCACGGUGAUCGACGAUGGGAAGUCUAAGACAAUAUCUCCAGACACGGCCACAAACGAACAUGCCAAUGGUAAUAACAGCCACAAGAAACAACCCCAAUCCGCCGCAAUAUCCCCACCCGAAACUGACAGCCCUCCUUCAGCCCCCGACUCUCCUGCGAGAACAGGCUCUCCCCCGAAGCAUGUCUCGGCCGUUAUUUUCCGCCCCAAGGAGCCCAUCAGUGUGCCCACCUCCGAUAUAAAUAUCGAUUUCGAACGACGCAGCAAAGCCGCUUAUACCGGCUGGGCCAUGGUCACCUCAAUCGCCCAUGUCUGGUUCAACACGUACUUCGAAGGUGGUGACCAGCACGACUCGGGCAUUUUCGAAGCCGAGUGGGAGGGCCUCGACGGGAUCAAGGGCACGACCAGGAAGGGAGUCAAAGCCUUAGACCGUCUGAAAGUCGUCUGGCGAUAUGCAAACCAACCGGGAACCUCCCACCCUGACACAGGAAAACCCAUCUCCGAGCCUCUACCCGGCGAGCCCAUUCCAGAAACCCAACCACCUGACUGGCACAUCCACGGUUCAGAUAGUCCUCGAAAUCAAGAAAACCUCCAGUCAAAAGAAUUACUCACCGACCCCGAACCAGAGCCCAAGAAUUCAAACGAACACACCCACAGCCACCACCACCACAACCAUAAUCACGACCACCACACCCCCAUCCUCUCAGAACUCAGCACCGCAGCUGCAAGCGCAAUGGAAGGCCUGAACAAACAGCUCGGUCUCCGUAAACAGACCGACGAAAGCAAAGACGUCAGCCUUGCAGGGAGCAGCGAAGACGAAUCCCAGACAUCGGGAAGUAAUGGCUCGAAGACAUCAAAGUCUAACUCAAAACGCAAGACAAAGAAAGAAUGGUCGUCUGUCGACGAGAAUCAAUAAACUCACACAGCAACACACAGAACAUACACCAACCGACUGACCUACCUUCUUUUGCGGACACCCCCGUUCGGAAGAGAGACGUUUCAUUUGUCUACAUCUACAUCACCUAUAAUGUUAAAUUGCCCUGGUCUCUAUCUUGUCUUGUCUUGUCUCUGUGUAUACGAAUAGGACUGGACUUGACUUGUACUUUGUACAUUACUAAACACAUAUACAUACAUAUGCUCGGACAAGUAUGGCGUUCUAUCAUGCGUUCAAUCCUAUAAUCUUUAUGGCGGGGUGGGGUGGGGAGCUACCGGGUGUUGUAUUCAACUACUUCCUCUAUACUAUACUAUAUACGAAAAAAAAAUGCAAUAAAAACAAAAGCA